AUGCCAGCCAAGAAGAAAGAGGUGAAGGUAGACGAGCCACUCUUCGUGGACGAGGAGGGCAGCUACGUGCACGAAGCAGAAGGCGCCAGGUACAAGGGCGGAAUACGUCGUUAUACGCCCCCAGGAGGCACCGACGCUGCCGGCGCUGCCGCGCCGCCGGCUAAAAAUAGCCGCUCCAGGUCUACCUCGCCAGCAGGCAAGGGAGGGGCAGCACCGCCGCAGUCUGCGGCUGCCGGCGCGGCGGCCAGCACGACAGCGGGCAGUGACGCGCUGGUGUUUCGCCACGGCCGCGGCGUGUAUACGUGCCCGUCCUUCACGUAUGCAGGUGACUGGGUCGAGGAUGAGAUGCACGGCAAUGGCCAACUCGCCUUCAUCGAGUCCGGCAACAUCUACGAAGGCGAGUUUUCCCACGGCUGCUUUUCUGGACAGGGUACGUACCUGUGGCGCAGCGGGGCGGUGUACAGUGGGCAGUGGCGGUCGAACCGCAUGCACGGCGAGGGCAUCUACACGGACGUCCAGGGGCACGUAUGGAAGGGGCGGUACUACAACGGCACAGGGCCGGGGCUCAUUCGCCUGUACCCCACCCUGGAGCGUGUAGGUGACGUUGGUGUGUCCUUGACGGGCGAAGUGCCGACUGGGCAAAGGCAGCGCGAGGGAUAUGAUUGA